CAGCUGCAAAAGCAUUUAACGGACUUCUACGAACAAUGACACUAGGGGUGUCUCAGGACUAAACGCCACAGAGAUUGUGAGACUGCUGGAGCAUUCAAAGGAAAGCGGUCUGAUCAGGCUAAAAUCAUCUUAAAAGGGGCAUGUAAAAGCUUUGGCAUAAUGGGCAGGUGACACUGGCUAGAUGUUAAUGAGGAGGACUUACCGCAACAAACUUACCAAAGUGGAAAAGGAUUAUUCUUUUUUUAAAAACACUACCGCUGGAAGUGAGGGCCAGUGAAGCAGGAGAAGCUGGUUGCCACGGAAUGCAUAUUGACAGUUGUCUCUAAGGACUGAAGAGAGAGACUUGAUAAACAGCCGGACAACAAAAUUCUUCCAAAGUAAUAUAGAGACUGAAUGCCUGUAGCCUGUCAACCUGAGUGGAGGUUGGCAAGUGAGCAGGGAUGGAUGUGUUUGGAGGAGCGCCACGGUUCCUGGCCUACCCUCGUCCUGUGGUAGUACAAAGUGGCACAGAUGCAGUUCUGAAAUGCCAGAUUGGCGGGGAUCCCAGACCAGCAGUUAUAUGGGAGAGAAACAAUGAGAAGAUUCAUCCAGAGGGCAGAUACCGGGUGUUUGAGGAUGGCAAUGUCUAUAACCUUAUCAUAACUUCUGUGACAAUGGAGGACAGUGGGCAAUACAUCUGCAAGGCCAAGAACUGCAUUGGAGAGACUUACGCAGCAGCCACUUUGAAAGUAGAAGGUGAAGCACAGGAGAUGGAAUUUCGGGAGGAAAACAAGCCACGCUUCCUCAUCAAGCCCCUCUCGACUAGAGUUGGACGAGGAGAGGAUGCCGUGUUAGGAUCCAGUUGCCAUCUGUUACAUAAUUCUUAAAGCUAUAUACUUUUUAGUAAGGUACAAUAAAAAAUCUUUGAAAGCACACAUUUCGCCAUCAGCUAUCAGGAUGGAGGAUGGUUCCAACUAAAGAUUUUCAAGACAAGAGCACCAGAUGGAGGGGUGUACACAUGUAAGGCCAGGAAUGAAUUUGGAGAGAGUCUGGCAGGGGCUGUGCUGUUGGUGGAUGCUGGACCAGGACAUGAAGAUGAAGGAAACCGUAACGGAUACACUAAUGGCCACUGGAAAGCACAUCAGGGAAAACAGAGAAGUGGUAGGCAGGUUGCGACGAGGCUGAAAGAUGACCCACUGCCAAACUCAGCCAAAGUGAAAAUGUUUGCAGUGACAGAAGGGAAACAUGCAAAGUUUCGGUGCUAUGUAACAGGGAAGCCAAAACCAGAAAUAUUAUGGAGGAAAGAUGGGAGACUUAUCUUGUCUGGGAGACGGUAUCUUUUGUAUGAAGACAGAGAGGGUUACUUCACACUUAAAGUUCUCUACUGCAAACAACAGGACAAUGGAGUUUAUGUCUGUUCUGCUUCAAACACUGAAGGGCAAACCCUGAGUGCGGUACACCUUAUCGUCAAAGAGCCACCUGUCCGAUUUAAGCAACCACUUAAUGACUUGCAAGUAUGGGAGAGAGACUUGGCUGUUCUUGAGUGUGAAGUUCCUGAGGACACUGUUCCAAUCACGUGGUACUUAGAAGACAGACGACUACAGCCUGGAGCCAAAUAUGGGAUGGAGGAGUGGGGGACAAAGCGACGACUCACAAUUCGUGAUAUUGGAGUUGAUGACGAUGGGAUAUAUCUCUGUGAGAUGGCUGAUGGGGGCAGAAGCAUUGCUGAGGUAGCAGUCAAAGGUACCAUUGUAAGAAAGCUGCCACGAAAAGUUGACGUUCUGGAGGGGGAAAAUGCAGCCUUCUGUGUGGAAGUGGAGGAGGAGGAAAUGGACAUUCAUUGGUACAAAGAUGGAACAGAACUAAGGGAGACCCAUCAGACCAUUCUCAAAUCCUUUGGAAGGACACACAUCUUGGUUUUUGUCAACACCACACCACAAGACUCUGGUAUGGUCAUGUUCUAUGUGGGUAGAUCGAAGACGUCAUCGCAGCUACGGGUGAAAGCUGCAAGGCACUGUCCACCAAGCUGUCCUAUCGGGGUACAGAUAAACACAGAACGAGCAAAUGCAGCUCUCCUUUCCUGGUUUCCAGCACAAGACUCUCGGAAGAAUCCACCUUCAGGGUAUAUAAUUGAGAGGCAAGAGGUUGGCUCACAGGAGUGGCUACAAUGUUUAACCACAGACUCUGCAACCUCAGUGGAGAUUCUUGGUGACAGCGUUCCAUGCGAGGCAGACUACAGAUUUCGGAUAUGCAGUGUCAACAAAUAUGGAAGGAGUGGGAAUGUAGAGUUUCCUCGAGCAGUUCACCUUGUCCCAGUUGCCAGAAUCCAAGCACCUCUACAAGACGCUUUAGUGCCAGAGGGCCAGGAUGCCUGCUUUACCAUUGAACUCUCUGCCUCAGUUAUAGGCACUUGGUUCUUAAAUGGAAAUCAGCUUCAAGACGAUGACCGUUUCUCCAUAAGGCGUUCGCGUACACACCAGUCCCUACGCAUUCGUGGGGUACGGGACACAGACAACGGAUCAGAGAUCACCUUCAUUGCCUACGGAAUUCGAGAUUCUGCUGCUUUGUAUAUACAAGCUCCACUGGUAAAAUUCACUCCACUUUCUGAAAUGGAUCGAAACAAAUUUGUGGAGGUUGGCAACCCUAUUGUGCUCUACUGUGAGCUGUCAGACCCUGAGGCUCCAGUUCGUUGGUAUAAGAAUGGUGUUGAACUUCAAUCAAUGGAAGGUCUGCACAUCCAAUCAGAGGGAACAAUGAGGAGGAUUGUCAUCCAGUCAGCUGAUUUCUCCCACUCAGGAGUUUAUAGUUGUGAUGCUAUUGAUGACAUCAUCAGGUUUAACGUGGAGGUUGAGGCUCCACCGGUGAGGUUCUCCGUUCUUCCGGAGUAUGAGAGGAACAAGUCCAUUGAAGCAGGCUCACCAAUAGUACUGCAAUGUGAGCUCUCAGAUCCACUCGCCCAGGUCUCCUGGUAUAAAGAUGGUGUGAAGCUUCUACCACAAAGUGGACUAGACUUCAAGUCCAAGGGCACAAAGAGGCAACUGAUUGUCCAGUCAGCUGAAUUUUACCACUCAGGGGUGUACAGCUGCAAGACAAGGGGUGAUGCUGUACACUUCAAUGUGGAUGUUAAAGCCCCACCUGUGAGGUUCUCUGCUGUCCCUGAGGUUAAGCGGAGAAAGUGCAUUGAAGCAGGCUGCCCCAUUGUUCUGCAGUGCGAGGUUUCAGACUCUACUGCACAGGUCCAGUGGUACAAAGAUGGGGAUCAGCUCCUUGUAGAAUCUGGAGUAGACUUCAAAUCAGAUGACUGCAUGAGAACACUCAGUAUUCAAUCAGCACACCCGUCUCAUGCCGGUGUGUACAGCUGCACAACAAAGGAUGAUGUCAUCAAGUUUCAUGUGGAGAUACGAGCUGCAUCGGUGAGGUUCUCAGCUGUUCCUGAAGCUGAGACGAAUAAAUGCAUUGAAGCUGGUGGCCACUUUGAACUCCACUGUAAGGUCUCAGACCCUACAGCCCAAGUCAGCUGGUUCCACAACGAUACGCAGCUUCAGCCAGAGACUGGUUUGGAUAUUCAGUCAGAGGGAUACGUAAGGACACUGGUAGUCAAUCCAGCUGAGCCCAGUCAUUCUGGAUUGUACCGCUGUGAAUCAUCUGACGACUCUGUCCAGUUCACUGUGGAUAUCAAAGAUCCACCGGUGAUGUUCUCAGCAUUACCAGACACAGUGAAGAACCAGCUGGUUGAAGCAGACUACUCCACUGAUUUGCACGGUGAAAUCUCAGGUCCAAAUGCCAAUGUGUGUUGUUACAAGGAUGGUGUAGAGCUCGUCUCAAAAAGUCAGCCUCAUAUCAAAUCGGAGUGUACCAGGAGGACGUUAGCUGUCAAGACAGCACAGCCCUCUAACUCUGGAUGGUACGACUGUGUGAGAACUGGUGAUGUCAUCCAGUUUAAUGUACAAGACCAAGUGCCACCACCAACAUUUUUGGCUGAUCCUGAAGUUGAGAAGACCAAAUGCACUCAAGAAAUGGAACCUGUUGCACUACAUUAUGAGAUUUCAGAUACCACUCCAUAUGUCCGCGAGACAAAAGAAGAGAAGGUCAUGCCUUCUCAAUCUGAACCUGAAUUUAAACCUGAUUUGGAACUUGAAUCCAAAUCUGAAUCUGAACCUGAAGUUCACUCAGACGCAUCCAGAGGAACUGUAAUCAUCCACACACCAGAGACAUCUCUUUUCGAAGUAAACAGCCAAAAGACAUCAGAUGAUCCCAUCCCGUUUGAAAUGGACCAAGCAGAACUGUCUCACUAUGAAGUGUUCAGUGGUGAGACCUAUGAUGACUCUGUCCAGUGCACUGUGGAUAUAAAAGAAGAGUUCCUGAGAACAUCAGGAACUGAGGCUGAGAUCAGAUCUGAAAAAGAGAACAACAAUCUCUCAGCGGAAAGAUCUGGAGAAGAGAUUCAGUGGUAUACCCCAGUGUCUGUACCUACAACCUUCAGAUUGAUUGAAGAGGAACAACAGCCACAACCAAUGCUACAGCCACAGCUACAACCACAGCUACAACCAAUACUACAACCAGAACUACAACCAAUGCUACAACCACAGCUACAACCAAUACUACAACCAGAACUACAACCAAUGCUACAGCCACAGCUACAACCAAUGCUACAACCACAACUACAACCGAUACUACAACCAGAGCUACAACCACAGCUACAACCACAACUACAAACAAUGCUACAACCAGAGCUGCAACCAGCAAACCAGAUAAAUACUUCAGUUUCUGAAGAUGAAGGCUCAAAUCACAUCAAAAGACAAGAGAGUGACAUGGAUCAAGAUGUCUUAGCUUUUAAGGUGGAUGUUGAAGCUUCGAGGACAAAUUCCACACCAGUUUGUGGAAUGGAUGAGAGAAUUGAUGCAGACUGUUCCAGUGUACUGCUAACUGAAAAAUCCGACCACACAAUCCAAGAAAAACCUAUAUCCUGCCAAGAAGAUGAGACAACCGUAAUAUUCAAUAAACCUACAACACAGAAAGAGCUCAUCCAGUCAUCAGAGAUGUGUUUGCAAGAAGCAUAUGAGACUGUUACCAAGGAUGAAUUUGUUGUACAUCAAGAGGAAGUGAAAGAACCUUGUCAUAAAGCAGAAUUCUUUACACUACCACCAGAAGAUAAAGUUGUCAGACCCAUUGAAGGUGAUUCUCCAGUUCACUGUUACAAGGACAGAAUGCAGUUCUACUCUGAAAAUGGACAUACGCUUGAGGAAAGUGUGCGAAGACUGAAUGUUCCAGUUAUAGGCUCGGGUCAAACAGGCGUAAACAACUACAAGGCAAAGGAUGAUGACAUAAUAUUUAAGGUGGAUGUCAAAGCUACAUCUUUGCAAACUUCAUCUAUCCAUGAGACUGACAGGAGCAAGUCAAAUGAUGGAACAGAUAUUGCUAAUUUUCCACAACCUGAGGUAUCGAGCACAAUGGCAGAGGUGUUCUGGUACAAGGAAGGCGAGGAACUCCAAGAAUGCGACAUUAUCACCCAAUCUAAGGAGACUUUCAGAGCUCUUGUUGUGAAAACAGCCGAGCCGUCUCACUCUGGAGAACAUGCUUGUGAGACAGAUGAUGUCACCGUCCAGUUUGCAGUGAACCUACCAGCUCCACCUGUGACGUUCUCCAGUGUCCCUGAGGCUCAACGGACCAUAUGCAUUGAGUCAGGAAGACCCUUUAAACUACAAUGCGAAGUCUCAGACCCUGACGCACAAGUCUGGUGGUACAAAGAUGGGAAUGAGGUGCUUCCUCAAGAUGGUAUGGUUACUGUGUAUGAGGAAGCCGUGAGAACACUCUCUGUGCAAAGUGCUGAAUUAUGUCACAGCGGAACAUACAGCUGCCAGACAAACAAUGAUGCCAUCUCAUUCCAUGUGGAAAUCAAAGCUCCAUCACUGAAGUUCAUGCCAAUUUCAGAAGUGGAGAAGAACAAGUCCACUGAAGUAGACUCACCAAAUGUUCUGAAAUGUGAUCUAUCAGACGCUACCACAGAGGUGCUCUGGUGCAAAGAUGGUAGAGAGCUGGCCCCAAACCCUGGGCUCAAUUUCCAAACAGAUGGAAAUAUGAGGAAACUAACUGUUCAAUCAGCAGAACUGUCUGAUACUGGAAACAACACCUGUCAUGCUCCAGGUGAUACUGUAUCAUUCAAGGUGGACAUUCAAGCACACCCUGUUAGGUUCUCAGCACUCCCAGAAAUUGCGAGGAACAAGUUUAUCGAAGCAGGCUGUCCCAUUAUACUUCAGUGUGAAAUCUCAGACCCUACUGCCCAAGUUUCCUGGCUCAAAGAUGGAGUCGAACUCCUACAAGACAGUGGACUUGACAUCCAGUCAGAGGGCACUAUGAGGAGAAUGAUCAUCCAAUCAGCUGAGCUCAAAAACUCAGGCGUGUACAGCUGUGAGGCUGUAGAUGAUUGCAUAGCAUUCAAGGUGGAUGUUGCAGCUCCACCAGCGAUGUUCUCAGCUGUUCCUGAGAUUGAGAAGAACAAGUCCGUUGAAGCAGGCUGGCCAAUCAUUCUCCAAUGUGAGAUAUCUGAUCCUACAGCCCUGGUCCAAUGGUACAAGGAUGGAUUACAGCUCCUACCUCAAUCUGGGGUUUACAUCCAAUCACAGAACACCAUGAGGACACUGGUUAUCCAAUCAGCAAAUGUAUCCCACUCUGGGUUUUACAGUUGUAAUACUGCUGAUGAUAUCAGCGAAAUUUUUGUGGAUGUUAAAGCACCUCCUGUGACAUUUGCCUACAUACCAGAAGAUGAUCUGCACAGAAAUAUUGUGGAACAAGACAAUCUACUCCUUUGCUGUCAAGUGUCCAGGUCAGAUGCUACUGCACAAUGGUACAAGGAUGGAGUAGAGCUAAAGCCUAGUGACAACGUCCUCAUAGAGGCAGAAAACACUAUACGAAGGCUGAUCGUCCUGUCAGCUCAACUCUCAGAUUCUGGGACGUACACCUGUCGUGCUGGAGAUAGUGCAUUAAUAUUUAAAGUUAACGUAAGAGAACCUCCGGUGAUGAUUGUAUAUCCCAAGGAAGAUGUCCACCUUGAUCGCUAUGUUCCCGAAGAAAUUGUACUCAGCUGUGAACUUUCACGGCCAAAUGGAAAGGUAACAUGGUUCAAGGAUGGACAGAAACUACAGGAGAGUGAAAACAUAAAGCUAAAGUCAGAGGGUCCGUACAGACGACUAAAAAUUCUGCGCAGUGGUGUUGAGGACUCCGGAGAAUAUGUCUGUGACACAGCUGAUGAUUCAAUAUUCUUCAAUCUAAACAUUAAAGAACCACCGGUGCGCAUAGUUUCUCCAAGCCAGUCCCAAAUGGAACUAUGCCAACAGACUUCUGAGAGGAUGGUCCUGAGCUGUGAAAUCUCUAGACCAAACGCCACUGUACGUUGGUAUCGAGAUGGACUUGAAGUGGAGGAGAGUGACAGCCUAAUUCUGGAGGUUGAUGGUGUCUAUAGGAGACUUAUUAUCCCAAAACCUACCGUCAAAGACUCUGCAGAAUAUGUCUGUGACACUGCUGAUGACUCAGUGACCUUCUUUGUAAACAUCGCAGAGCCACCAGUUAGAUUUAUUCGGCCAAGGAAAAUGGCCUAUGGAGUAGAGAAACUUGUUGGAGACAUUGUGGUUCUUGAGUGUGAAGUGUCUCGACCAAAUGCUGAAGUUAGUUGGAAGAAGGAUGCAGAAGAGAUUGAGGAGAACAGCAACAUAACUAUCACAGAGGAUGGCACAAGUCGACAGUUAACCAUUCACUCUGCAGCUUUUGAAGAUGCAGGGCAAUAUAUCUGUGAUGCUAGAGAUGAUGUGAUGGAUUUCCUAGUGAAAAUCAAAGAUCCACCACUAAAAAUUCUGCGGAAAGCUGACAUAGAAACAAAACGCAGAUUUGUAGUAUCUGAUGCCAUUGUGUUAAAAUGUGAGAUCUCAAGACCAAAUGGGGUGGUCAGUUGGCUUAAAGACAAUGAGAAGAUUGAGGGAAAUGAGCAUUUUAUCUGUGAAGAGGAAGGGACAUUCAGAUCCCUGAUUGUCCUGAGCGCUGAGUUGAAGGACUCAGGGGAGUACAUAUGUGAUGCACAAGAUGAUAAAGUUGUCUUCAGUGUUACUGUAGAAGAGGCUCCCGUGUCUAUUGUUGGAAAUUCAGAGAAGCCAGAACACCACAUUUUAAUGACAGGAGAUGAGCUUAUCCUGGAAUGUGAGGUAUCUCGAGUAAAUGCUAUAGUCCAGUGGUACUUCAAUGGACGUUUACUGCAAGAGGAUUCAUGCACACACAUUGAAAGCAGAGACACAACGAGGAAGCUUGUGAUAUCAGAACUUCAGACAUCCGACUCUGGAGAGUAUCUUUGCGAUGCCAUUGAUGACAAAAUGACAACUAGACUAACAGUUCAAGUACCACCAUUCAAAUUCAUCAAAAAAGAUGAAAGAACAAAUAUUUCAGCCUAUGAAGAAGACAGUGUGACACUACGUGCCACUGUUAACAGGGUCAAUGCUUCAGUUAAAUGGCAGAGAGGCCAUGAUCCAGUCAGAGGUGAUCGUUUCCACACAACAAGUGAUGGUAACACCCACUACCUCACUAUUAACCCACUUAAGAGAAGUGAUACUGGAGAAUACACGUGUCAUGUGGGAUCUGACGAGAUGCAUUUCAGUGUCCAUGUUAAAGCAAUGAAAGUAAAAUUCUCCAAACCACUAGAAAACGUAGUGGGACUCAAAGGUAGUGAUGUGGUUUUAAAAUGUGAACUGUACAAGUCAAAAGGAGAUGUUCAGUGGCUUAAGGGCAGCCAAGAGAUUGCACCAAACAGACAUUUUACAAUCAGAGCUGAGGGUCGAGUGAGAAGCCUGACAAUACAUGAUGUCACAGAAGAUGAUGCAGGAGAGUAUGCUUGUGAAUCUAAAGAUGAAAGGACAUCAGCAACUGUAGUAGUCAACAUUCCUCGCAUUGUGGAGUUUAUUGCAGAGCUACACAACAUAACUGUCAUGGAAGGAGAAGACGCAAUAUUUAAGUGUGUGGUUUCUCCAGAGGAUGCAAAGUUGGCCUGGUUUAAGAAUAGCCAGCCAAUUUCAUCAAAUGAGAAGUUCAACAUCUCAAGUAAUGGAUUAUGCCAUAUACUGCAUAUCAACAACUGCCAAGUCUCAGAUAGCUGCAAGUUGACAGCCGAGGCUGAAGGUGUGAUUUCCAGAGCUAUCCUACAGGUCCAAGAGGCACAGGUGCUUUUCACAAAGAGCAUGGACCCGGUGGUUGCAGAGGAGUUUGGUGAGGCAACACUUGAGGUGGAGGUCAGCCUUGAGACUGCGGAGGUGCAGUGGAUGAGACAAGGAGUGGUUAUACAUCCAGGGUCCAAAUUCACCCUGAAGCAGAAUGGCCAAAAACGUUCUCUCACAAUCCACAAACUCACCCUUUCAGACCGCGGCACCUACAGCUGUGAAACGCUUCAUGACCGCACACAAGCCAAGCUCACUGUGGAACCACGAAAAAUCAAGAUUCAGAAAGGUCUAACUGAGAUCCAGACUUACGAACGAGAGACGGCUUCUUUUGAGGUGGAGCUGUCACAUGGCAAUGUGGAUGGUGUGUGGCAGAAGGAUGGGCACAUUCUCAAAAACAACAACCGCUUGCGUAUGACUGCAAAAGGACGAGUACACAGCCUAACCAUCUCCAACCUGACCUUGGAUGACACUGGCACCUACAUAUUCUAUGUUGAGAACAUCAGAUCACUAACAAGAUUGGAAGUUAAAGAAAUUCCAGUAUCAAUUCUGAAAAAGCUUGAGGAUAUCAGGCAACCAGAAGGAUCUGGCGUAACCCUUGAAUGUGAGCUCUCACGCCACAACGUGGAUGUCAAGUGGACAAAGAAUGAAGUUCAGCUUAAACCAGGAAAAAAUCAUCGCAUUUACUCGAUGGGAAGAAAGUGCUUUCUACAGAUACUGAAGUGUGAGCUGGGAGACUCUGGUUUAUAUGUGUGUGAUGCUGGGGAUGCCACUACCUCCUGUUCAGUGGAUAUCUAUGAGAGGGAGCUUGAGAUACUACAAAGCUUAGAGGAUCUGGAUAUUCAAGAAGGUCAGAAUGCAGUGUUCAUGUGUGAAGUGUCCCUGGACAAUGUGCCCAGAGAGUGGUUUAAGAAUGGCGAGAAGAUCAAACCAACCAGCACCAUUAAGAUUCGUCAGGAAGGGACAAAGCACUUCCUCCUCAUAUGCAAUGUUAAAGAAGACGAUUCUGGAGAGAUCAAGUUUGUUGCCAAGAAUGUUGAGACUACAGCUUACCUUGAGGUGGAAGCACUACCAGCAAACAUUGUGAAACCACUUCAGGACAAGACUGCUCUGGAAAAAACCCGCGUCAUACUGGACUGUACUGUGACCAAUCCGCGUUGCAGCAUUCGCUGGUAUAAGGGACCGAAUGUCAUCCUGCCCUCAGAGCGCUUUGAGAUCUGCAGUGAAGGGUGCUAUCGAAAACUUGUGAUUCAGCAGGUGUUGCUAGAAGAUGAGGGCACCUACAGUGUCCAAGUUGGAAACUACACAUCUUCAGCUAAACUAACUGUUGAAGCUCUGUCAGUCCUAAUGGUGAGAGAGCUGCAGCACGUGGAUGUGACAGCUCCUGCAGAUGCAUGCUUUGAAUGUGAAGUCUCUUUGCCUGUGGCCAAGGCACCUACCUGGACCCUGAAUGGGGAGACACUGCAUCCUGGUCCUAAAGUUGUGGUGGAGAAAAUGGGAACCAUUCAUAGGCUCAUUCUCAAACAAACAUCCGAAGACAUGAGCGGCACAGUGUGCUUUAUCACAGGGAGAGUCAAAAGCACUGCACAUCUGCAAGUCAUAAGUAACCACUGAGAAACAACACAUAAGCACUUACAGUGCAUAAUGCUCAACUACGCCACUAUUUAAAUACAAAAAUACCAAAUGAAAUUAUGAAACUAUUAACUGUUUUAAUGUGUCUGAAAGAGAUAGGUCUAUCUUUAAUUUAUUUGAAAUGCAAAUUUAAAAUCUUUAUUAUGCUGUUUUACACAUCAUUUCCUGCUCUUCAUGGUUUACCAAUCAUUACAUAAUAAUUUUUCAGUUUUUCUAAAUUUAUGAUCAAACACAUUGUGCUUUAUAGGCUACACAAAAAAUGAACAACACCAGGCCAGACACCCAGACAUGUAAUUCACCCAUGUUGUUACUGCUUAAAUUUCUUGCACAGUAAUUUGGUAUUUAAUUUUGAAAUUUGUGUACUACUGUAUAUCCUUGUAUAGAUAUCCUUUGUGUUGUUUUUUUCAUUCUUGUUUUGUGGGAUGCAGAUUAAAGUGAGGUUACGGCGAAAUAAAAAUGUGCAGGGCCAAAGAUGAUCAAAAGAGGGUUUGGGACGGAAAGUAACUUCAGCAUAUAUAACAAAUACACUGAAUUCAAGAAUACAGACGUUUUACAAAGUAGGGAAACAUUUACAAAUAAAUGAAAACGGUUUUGAUAGUUUUAGUUGUUUGCUUCUGUUGUAAUCAGAAGGUAUGUCACAAUUCUUGCCUUUUACUGAAGUAUCCGAAUAAAGUGCUGCAAUUUUCCCUUGUUAAGCAAUAU